AUGAAAGGAUUCACACAGGAGAAAUGCCUUUCACAUGUAGAGAGUGUGGAAAAGCCUUUCACAUGUACAGAAUGUGGGAAAAGUUUUACAAAAAAGAGUAAUCUGAAAACUCAAGAAAGGAUUCACACAGGAGAAAAGCCUUUCACAUGUACAGAAUGUGGAAAAAGUUUUACAUUAAAGAGAAGUCUGAAAACUCAUGAAAUGAUUCACACAGGAAAAAAGCCUUUCACAUGUACAGAAUGUGGGAAAAGUUUUACAAAAAAGAGUAAUCUGAAAACUCAUGAAAGGAUUCACACAGGAGAAAAGCCGUUCACAUGUACAGAGUGUGGAAAAAGUUUUACACAAAAGGGUGAUCUGAAAAAUCAUGAAACGAGUCACACAGGGGAAAAGCCUUUCACAUGUACAGAAUGUGGGAAAAGUUUUACACAAAAGAGUAAUCUGAAAACUCAUGAAAUGAUUCACAUAGGAGAAAAGCCUUUCACAUGUACAGAAUGUGGGAAAAGUUUUACAGAAAAGAAUCAUCUGAAAACUCAUGAAAGGAUUCACACAGGAGAAAAGCCGUUCACAUGUAGCGAGUGUGGAAAAAGUUUUACACAAAAGGGUGAUCUGAAAAAUCAUGAAACGAGUCACACAGGGGAAAAGCCUUUCACAUGUACAGAAUGUGGGAAAAGUUUUACAGAAAAGAGUAAACUGAAAACUCAUGAAAUGAUUCACAUAGGAGAAAAGCCUUUCACAUGUAGAGAGUGUGGAAAAGGUUUUACACAAAAGGGUGAUCUGAAAAAGCAUGAAAUUAGUCACACAGGGGAAAAGCCUUUCACAUGUACAGAAUGUGGGAAAAGUUUUACACAAAAGAGUAAUCUGAAAACUCAUGAAAGGAUUCACAAGGGAAGAAACCUUUAAGAUGUUUAGAAAGUAGGGUGCUAGGCCCAGACCAGAUACCUGCAGAAAUGUAUAAAAUUCUAAAAACAGAGAUAGCGGAUACAUUAACUAAUCUUUUUAAUCGAUAUUACAUAUAUACACAAAAAAUGUCCAAAUAUUUUGCGGCAUCUAAUAUAACGUUAAUCUUGAAGAAAGAUAAAAACCCUCUAUAUCCAGGAUCUUAUAGGCCCAUAUCUCUGCUCAACACAGACUAUAAACUCCUAACACAUAUUAUUGCUAAUAGAUUAAAACUGUGUCUUGAGCACAUUAUACAUACAGACCAAUCUGGUUUUAUGUCCGGAAGAUCUUCUAUUAAAAACAUGCGUAAAGUCACAUUAGUACUCCAAUAUUAUAGGGAUAAGGUAGAGGGUCAAGCUCAGAUCAACCAAGAUGCUGCUUUAAUUGCGGUCGACGCCGAAAAGGCAUUCGACUCAAUAAUAUGGGACCAUAUAUAUACAUCCUUAGAAAAGUUCGGAUUUUCUGGGCAUUUUAUUCAAUUUAUCAGGACACUGUAUAAUCAUCCAAUCUCUUCUAUACUGAUUAACGGUAGCCAGACAGAUAAUUUUAUGCUGAAUAUGGGGACUAGACAGGGUUGCCCACUAUCACCUUUAUUAUUUAAUAUUUCUAUAGAACCGCUUGCUAUUCUCUUGCGGGAAGACAUAAGAGGUAUUUCUUUCAUGUAAUUAGCAAGAGUCCAUGAGCUAGUGACGUAUGGGAUAUACAUUCCUACCAGGAGGGGCAAAGUUUCCCAAACCUCAAAAUGCCUAUAAAUACACCCCUCACCACACCCACAAAUCAGUUUUACAAACUUUGCCUCCUAUGGAGGUGGUGAAGUAAGUUUGUGCUAGAUUCUACGUUGAUAUGUGCUCCGCAGCAGGUUGGAGCCCGGUUUUCCUCUCAGCGUGCAGUGAAUGUCAGAGGGAUGUGAGGAGAGUAUUGCCUAUUUGAAUUCAAUGAUCUCCUUCUACGGGGUCUAUUUCAUAGGUUCUCUGUUAUCGGUCGUAGAGAUUCAUCUCUUACCUCCCUUUUCAGAUCGACGAUAUACUCUUAUAUAUAUACCAUUACCUCUACUGAUUUUCGUUUCAGUACUGGUUUGGCUUUCUACAACAUGUAGAUGAGUGUCCUGGGGUAAGUAAGUCUUAUUUUCUGUGACACUCUUAAGCCAGAGCUUUCCAAACUUUUCAUGUUGGUGACACACUUUGUUAGACCUACAUAAUUUCGCGACACAGUAAUUCAAUUGUACUAGCAAAAAGGAGGUUAAACUAACUUGUUUUAAGAGAUACGGACACAUACAUAAAUUAUAUAAUAACAAAAUGCAUUUACAAGUAACUGUAUGUAAGUAUGCGCAAGAAUUAAAAAAAGUUUAAUAACACCAAUAGCUACUUACUAUUUUAAUGGGAUGUUUGAGGUUGAUGGGAUGAACACAGUUUCGGAAUAUUUGGUGGAAUAUUAGCUAAAGACACUCGCAUUUCAUCAUCAAGCAUUUUUAAGCUUCCACUUCCUAUCCAUAUAUCAAGAGCAGGAGCAGCAAUGCACUACUGGGAGCUAGCUGCAAAAAAAUCCCACUGACUUCAGCUCAGCGUUUAAGCUGCUGCCCUCAGAGCUCUGAGUCUGACUACUGCCCACGCUGCAAACACACUGCUAACCCACUCACUGACUACACAUGCAGUCACGAGCCAAUUAAGGAGACUACACGUGCAGUCAGGAGCCAAUGUGCCACCAAAUCCGCCAAUGGUAAUAGUUUCAGUUCCCACUGAGCUGUGCCAAUUGGUUAAGAUGAUCUGUGAACCACUAGGUAUCAAUCACGUGUCAACCAUGUAGGUGGAAAGUCAGAAUCCAAAAAACAAUUUUAAAAAAAUUAUUUAAAUUUAAAAAAAAUUGUGCUGAAGCAGGGACACACCUACACACUGCUGCCGACACACUAGUGUGUCCCGACACACAGUUUGGAAAGCACUGCUCUAAGCUAUGGUUGGGCACUUUUUUAUAAAGUUCUAAAUAUAUGUAUUCAAACAUUUAUUUGCCUUGACUCAGGAUGUUCAACAUUCCUUAUUUCAGACAGUCAGUUUCAUUUUUGGGAUAAUGCAUAUGAAUCAAUCAAUUUUUUUCUUACCUUAAAAUUUGACUUUUUCCCUGUGGGCUGUUAGGCUCGCGGGGGCUGAAAAUGCUUCAUUUUAUUGCGUCAUUCUUGGCGCGGACUUUUUUGGCGCAAAAUUUUUUUCUGUUUCCGGCGUCAUACGUGUCGCCGGAAGUUGCGUCAUUUUUGACGUUCUUUUGCGCCAAAGGUGUCGGCGUUCCGGAUGUGGCGUCAUUUUUGGCGCCAAAAGCAUUUAGGCACCAAAUAAUGUGGGCGUCUUUUUUGGCGCUAAAAAAAUAUGGGCGUCAUUGUUGUCUCCACAUUAUUUAAGUCUCAUUAUUUAUUGCUUCUGGUUGCUAGAAGCUUGUUCACUGGCAUUUUUUCCCCAUUCCUGAAACUGUCAUUUAAGGAAUUUGAUCAAUUUUGCUUUAUAUGUUGAUUUUUCUAUUACAUAUUGCAAGAUGUCCCACGUUGAAACUGAGUCAGAAGAUACUUCUGGAAAUUCGCUGCCUGGUGCUGGAGCUACCAAAGCUAAGUGUAUCUGCUGUAAACUUAUGGUAUCUGUUCCUCCAGCUGUUGUUUGUACUGAUUGUCAUGACAAACUUGUUAAUGCAUAUAAUAUUUCCUUUAGUACUGUUACAUUACCUGUUGCUGUUCCGUCAACAUCUAAUGCUCAGAGUGUUCCUGAUAACAUAAGAGAUUUUGUUUCUAAAUCCAUUAAGAAGGCUAUGUCUGUUAUUCCU